AUGUCCAUGAGAGGUCUGUUUGCUAAUGUGGGAUCCACGAUGGCUGGUUUAAUGUUUGUAUAUGCCAUGUUUCGGCAAUACUUCCCUGAGCAUCUCCGGUUCUCUGUCUGGAGGCGCUAUCAAAAACUGGUGAAAUUCUUCAAUCCCCAAAUUUCAAUCACCUUCAACCAAUUCGUCGGGAAGUGGGCAACACCCAGUCAAGCUUAUUGUGAUAUUAGGACUUACCUCGGCCAGACUUCAUCCGCUCAGGCGUCUCGGCUGAUAGGCAGUUUGGCCCACAACAAGACUCUCGUUCUCGGCAUGAGCGAUUUCGAAGAGGUGGCAGAUGAGUUUCAGGGUGUCCAAGUAUGGUGGCUUCUUGGAAAACAUGCGCCCAAUACCAACUCAAUUUCAGUCUACAGCGGAACCAAUCAUGAGAAGAGGUACUACACUCUCACUUUCCAUAAGCGGCACCGGGCUCUGAUUAUUGGGCCUUACUUGAAUUAUGUGUUAAAAGAGGGUAGAGCGCUCAACAGUAGAAACAGGAAGAAGAAGCUUUACACCAAUGAGGAUAAUGAGUGGAACCAGGUGGUGUUCCAGCACCCUGCCACAUUCGAGACGCUGGCGCUUGACCCUGAGAAGAAGAAGGAAAUUAUGGAUGAUCUGAUGGCAUUCAGUAAGGGUGAACAGUUUUAUGCCAGAAUUGGGAGAGCUUGGAAGCGCGGGUAUCUCCUUUACGGCCCUCCAGGGACCGGCAAGUCCACCAUGAUUGCGGCCAUGGCUAAUCUCUUGAAUUAUGAUGUUUACGAUCUUGAACUCACUGGGGUGAAGAGUAACACCGAGCUCAAGAAGCUUUUAAUGGAGAUAUCCAGCAAGUCCAUCAUUGUGAUUGAAGACAUUGACUGUUCACUUGAUCUCACCGCUCCAAGGAAGAAAGCCCCAACAGAUAAGCUUGCAGACGGUGAAGGAGAUGACAAAGUAAAGAAACCAGCAACAAAAAGCAAGAGUAACGAAACCAGAAACGUUACGCUAUCGGGGCUUCUGAAUUUUAUUGACGGCAUCUGGUCUUCUUGCGGGGGAGAAAGACUCAUAGUCUUUACUACCAACCAUGUGGAGAAGCUCGAUCCGGCACUGAUAAGGAAAGGAAGGAUGGAUAAGCAUAUAGAGUUGGCCUACUGCAGCUUCCAAGCAUUCAAAAUCCUGGCUAAGAAUUACCUUGGUUUAGAAUCACACCCUGCAUUUCCCAAAAUCGGUGAGUUGUUGGGGCAAGUCAACAUGACCCCUGCGGAUGUUGCUGAGCAUCUAAUGCCCAAGACUCUCUCCGAGGACGCUGAAUUUCGUUUGGAGGAUCUGAUCAAAGCCCUUGAGAAAGCCAAAGAAAGAGAGAAGGUUGGAAGUUGA